AGUCUGUGAAUUCCAAACAGCUCCCAGUGAGUGAUGCCGCGUGGUCCGGCCGCAGCGGCAGCCGGUGAGCGCUAAGGCGUCGGUGGCAUGUUGGAGCGGGGGCGUCUUAGCACGACGGGUUCAAGUAGAAAUAAUGGCGGGGAGGAGAGGGGCGAGGCGGCACGGCUCUUCCCUGCCUCCGGUGACACCGGGGAGGCCGUCCCAGUGGGAACAUCGCGGCUUGUCGCUGCUGCUUGCCAUGUGUCGGGCGCAAUCUCGGCUCAUUUUCUCUAAGCUAUACAAGUUCACGGACGAGCUAUCUAGCCAACGCGUCUCUCCCGUCAUGGACCUUCCAGGCUGCUGCGUGCCGCCCGCCCUCUGAGAAGGUUCCCUCGCCCCGCGCAGAGGAGGAGGCGGAGGAGGAGAAGAAGGGGAGGAAGGCGCGGCCGCAGCCGCCGCUGCCCAGCCGCCGUCCCGCAGAGCGCUGGCCGCAGGGCGCCUGGGCGGCAGCAGGCGCGCAGCCCCCUCCGCCUCCCCGCGGCGGCGGCGCGGGGCGCCCGCAUGUCGGCGGCCAUCCGGAGCGGCGGCGGCGGCGGUCCGGCGCCGGGCAUGGGGCGGCGGCGGCGGGGGGCGCUGCCGGAGCCGGCGGGCGGCUGCUCCUGCUGCCUGGCGGCGGCGCUGCCGCUGCUGCUGCUGCUGCUGCCCGCCGGGUGCCCGGUGCGGGCGCAGAACGACACGGAGCCCAUCGUCCUGGAGGGGAAGUGCCUGGUGGUCUGCGACUCCAGCCCCUCGGCCGACGGCGCCAUCACCUCCUCCCUGGGGAUCUCGGUGCGCUCGGGCAGCGCCAAGGUGGCCUUCUCGGCCACCCGCAGCACCAACCACGAGCCCUCCGAGAUGAGCAACCGCACCAUGACCAUCUACUUCGACCAGGUAUUAGUUAAUAUUGGCAACCAUUUUGAUCUUACUUCCAGUAUAUUUGUAGCACCAAGAAAAGGGAUAUAUAGUUUCAGUUUCCACGUGGUCAAGGUCUAUAACAGACAAACCAUCCAGGUAAGUUUAAUGCAAAACGGCUACCCAGUGAUUUCAGCUUUUGCAGGGGAUCAGGACGUCACCAGAGAAGCAGCCAGCAAUGGGGUCUUGCUCCUCAUGGAAAGAGAAGACAAAGUGCAUCUCAAACUGGAAAGGGGUAACCUCAUGGGAGGGUGGAAAUAUUCAACCUUUUCCGGCUUCUUAGUCUUUCCACUAUAAAAGAAGGCCAAAUAGGAGACAGAUCCAUGAGCCGGAGCAAGGAUUCAAUUGUUAAUGACACCCUGAACUUGGCAGCACAUGACAAUAUUUUCAGUCACCCCGUCAGACUGUCACAGUAGAAGAAUGAUAACCUUCUAAGCUCCAACAUUUGCUUUGAAUAUUGACAAUUCCUCGGAACCUGCGCCUCUAAUUAGUUUUAGACGACAGUGAUCUUUAGGAGAAAUGAAAUUAUCGACCUGAGCAAUUUGUACCUGUGAUUGUAAAGUCAAUUUUGGAUUUUAUUGUUGGGAUCAUUGACUUUCUUAUUCUUUUUAUUUUUUCCUCUCUUUCAUUUUUUUCUCUUUUACUUUAUCUUGUUGUUGUACCAAUGAAACAAAUAACUCGGACCACAGAAUCGCUUUGUCAAAGGCUCACUCCAGAGCCAGAAGAAUGGAGUGUUCAGACCAAUGAGGUGUUCUUCCAUACUUUAUUUCUUUGUGUUGUAUAGCCGUAAGGAAAAAAAAACAAAAAAAAAAAAAAGAAAAGAAAAAAAAGGAAAAAAAAAAAGAAUGGCUUCAGUCUCAGUCCUGUAUUUUUCUGGGGGAGGGGGAUUCUGGACAUUACUGUGUCAAGAAGUGCUUUAUCCAGUGAAGCAAAAUUUGCACGAUUGGAACCUUAUUUGUGUUGUUCGUGUUUUUCAUCAACUUUUAAUUUUUCCUGAUUUUUGUUUGUGUGUGCUAAAAAUGUAAGCUAGAUUGAUCAAUAAGACAAAACAAAGCACAUAUAUACCCUGUAGCUCUAAGUAAAGCUAACCAGUGAACAAUUUCUGUCUGCACUUUCCAGCUGAUCUUUAUAGACCUAUUUAGAGAGAGAGAGAAAGAGAGAAAGAGCGAGAGAGCUACAUGAUCCUUCAAUUACAAUCUGGAAACUGAUAAAGGAACUGACAUUUCUGAAUUGUCCUGACAUUUCUAGAAGCAACAGUGGAGGCUUUGAAUAUCUUCUCUGGCCAUACCCUAAAAUAUAUACUUUCUUUGCAUUACCAUAUUUUGGGUGUUUUUAUCUGAUAUUUGUUUGAUAUAUUUGUCCACUAAUGCUUGAGUACACAUUGGGGGAGCACAGAGAGAUGGCAGAGCAAAUUUUUCCUCUUCCAAAUUAAGUAAAACCAUCUCUACUUGAGCUGUCCGUGGCAAGUAUUGGAGGAGUAGACACAAGCAUCCUUGACAACCUUAGGGUGAGCGGCCUCAGAGGAUCAACAAAUGCUCCAGAAGUUGGCAGAGGUGCCAUGCAUACAUUUGCUGCGUCUGCUCUUCCCAACACAAAUGGCCUCAAAGUUCUAGGGGUGGACUGACAUCAAUAUCGAACUCUGAGAAAAUUAUAUACCAAAUCAACAAGAGGUAAAAUAUCAGGCCAAUGUCAAUUGUAUCCCUUUGCCUCAUUCUCAAUAAACAUAUCCUUUUUCUUCA